AUGAGAGCGGCUAAUACAAGAAGUGUUAGACGUGACAAUCGGACCUGCUGGAAAGCCAAGCGCUGUAUACUUGCGUCUAUAGAGCAUACAAGCCCAUAUGAUGCCUGCGUGAGCUAUCUGGUCGCCAUAUACAUCUUAGACUUGUGUGGUGGCACCAAAUACAUCUUAGUGGCAGACUUCUUGUGUGGUAAAGAUGAGUGGCGUGGAGCUCGACUCCUCAUCUGACGCCCUCUUCAAACAGCCAAUGAGGAGCCGGAGAGUGGUCCAGAUUGUCAUCCUUGUGGCGGCCCUGGCUCUUGGACUGGCCAUCGGUCUGCUGGUGGGGACAUUCGCCAUCGGCCAGGAGCAGGACGGUCUGUACCUGUCCGGCGUCCCAGCUGGUCUGGUCUCUGACGCCGACCCGGCCAUCGCUCAGAAAAUCAUAGACGGCAUCCAAGCCUCGAGGAUUGAGGAAAAUUUGAGACUGUUGUCACAGAAACCUCACAUUGCUGGCAGAGAAAACGACAUGGAGCUGGUUGAGCUGUUGAAGUCCAGAUUUCGAAGUGCCGGUCUGGGUGUCCAGACCACGCCCUACGAUGUUCUGUUGUCCUACCCAGACUUGCAGACCCCCAACUCUGUUCGGCUGAUCAACGCUAGCAACCACAUCAUCUACGACGCCAAAAGCGACGACAGCGACAUAUCGGCUCUUCGGGAUGUCGUUCCGCCAUUUCAUGCGUACUCGCCUAGUAGCCUAGUGCAGGGUAACAUCGUGUUUGCUGGGUACGGACGAGACGAAGAUUACCAGGUCCUGAGGGAGCACAAUGUCACGGUGACCGGAAACCUUGUCUUGGUCAAGUAUGGGAUGAUCUAUCGUGGCGACAAGGUGGACAUAGCCAACAAACAUGGCGCUACUGGCGUCAUCAUGUUCUCUGACCCAGCCGACUACACGGGGAUGAAGAGCGGUGACCCACGGGUCUACCCAGACACUUGGUGGCUGCCCCCCACUGGCUCGCAGAGGGGGACCGUCUUCACGGGGGACGGGGAUCCGCUGACCCCGGGCCAUCCAGCAAACAAUCUCGCUUAUCGUUAUCCUGAAGAGGAAGUCAAACCUCCACUGCCCAAAAUUCCUUCUCAUCCCAUCGGCUAUGGGGCUGCCAUUCACAUAAUCAAGUCAAUGUCGGGACCCCCAGCACCAUCUAGUUGGCAGGGUGGUCUGAACGUGACCUACCACCUAGGACCUACCUUCAUACACCCAGGCUGGAAAAUUGAGUUGAAUGUCACAUCCAAAAACGAGAGAGCUAAAGCUGACAAUGUGUUUGGUAUCAUCAGAGGAUUCGUCGAGCCAGAUCGCUACGUUCUCAUUGGUAACCAUCGUGACGCCUGGAUCUAUGGGGCCAUUGACCCCUCCAGUGGUACAGCCGUUAUGUUGGAGGUGGCCAGGGUCAUGGGGGAGCUCGUACAGUCAGGCCAGUGGAGACCACGACGAUCUAUUGUGUUUUGUUCCUGGGGAGCUGAGGAGUAUGCACUGAUUGGUUCCACAGAAUGGGUAGAGCAAUACGUGGCUACACUGAGAGAGAGGGCGGUGGCUUAUGUAAACAUUGACAUCGCUGUGGAUGGUAAUGACACUGUUCAAGUGUCUGCUACACCGUUGAUGCGAAAUGUCGUCAUUGAUGCAUGUAAGAAGGUUCCUAACCCAAAUCCUAAUGAGGUCAAGGCCGGCAGACGUAGCAUAUAUGACACCUGGGUACACGUGACACCAGACCUAGAUGACAACAACAAAACAACUGGCCAACCUGUUAUGUCCUCCCUAGCAUCAGAUAGUGACUACGCUCCCCUCCUCCAGAGGGCGGGCAUCACAGCAGUUGAUGCCACCUACACUUUUGACCAGAAACGAUACAGUGUUUCGUCCUAUGCGCUCUACCACACGGAGUAUGAAACCUUCCAAAUUGUCAAGGACCAGUUUGAUCGGGAGUUUAAGUUUCAUGCGGCCAUGGCCCAGUUUGGAGCUGAGAUGGUCCGGUCACUUGCUGACCCUCUGAUACUGCCCAUGAACGUCACCAACUACGCUACAGGUCUGGAAGAACUGAGAGUCAUCCUCCACAAGGAAUACGGCGAACUGCUAAGUUCAAAUCUAGGUGACAGCUAUGAUCUGCUAGAGACAGUGAUACGGAACUUCUCCGUUGAUGUAUCAACAUUUGAAAACAACUUACAGAAAGUAAACAAGAAGAAUCCCCUGGCUGUACGAGCUGUCAAUGACCAGAUCAUGCUUUUAGAGCGGGCAUUUCUGGAACCAGAGGGCCUCCCCAACCGUCCUUAUAAGAAGCACCUUAUCUUUGCUGAGAACUCCAAUGAUGGCUAUGCUGGCAGCAGUUUCCCUGGACUGGUUGACCUGCUGUUUGAGGUGGACAACAGCACAGAGAGGUGGGAUCAAGUGAGGCAGCAUUUUGCUGUCAUCCUGCAAGUUAUCCAAUCAGCUGGUGCCACGCUGCGUGACGUCACUGGUUUUAUGGCUGAAUAUCUGUAAACAGGUCACAUAUGUUGGCUGUCGGCCCACGAUUGGUUAAAGCGAACAUUAUGUUCAAGCGGUGGUGCUUGUUUUCUUCAUGUCUGUAUGUAACCUACCUGUAAGUCUGUGUCAAGACAACCAGGUUUAAAGACGUCCGGACUUUUCUUUCUGCGUCUGAAGUUGACGCUAAUAAUAAUACAAUAAUGGACACCAGUGAGUUGACGAAAAUCCUUCCGUAAUGUUGUUGACAUGGAAUAAAAAUGUGUUUUUUUAGAUUUAGGACCGUAAAAAUAAUAAAAGAUAAAAUUUUAAUAAAAACUUAAGCCUAAAAUUAAUUAAGGCUACAUUUCUAUUUGAAAAUUUCAUCAAGCCUAAGUUAUAACCCGAUGUUUCACUUUCUUAAGACAAACAUUGAUUGGCUGUACAGGAACUCCGUGAUCGAUUUCUGACAGCCCCACUUUAUAGUUUUUUUGUUUACAAAACUUUGCAGAUCGAGUUUUUAAAUAACAAUGCAAAUAUAAACCCCAUGACCUAGUUUUUUCUUUUUUUAGCUUACAAUGUGUACAAUAAAAUUUAUGGCGGCCUAUCAAAUAGCAGGAUGCCAUUGUUUAUGUAGCCAUUACACUUGAAAACCAUAUUGUUUCUGCUUUUUUUUAUUUAGUUACCGAAAAAAUUAAAAACAUCAAAUACAUCCAAUCUUUAGUAAAUUCCGAAAAAAAAACCAGACAGGCAGGAUUUUAUAACCAUAUUAAUUGUAACUACGCCGUGCAUGAUUUUUAAAUGAAUUUAUGGACCUCUCGAAUACCUUUGAGAGUUUUCUCGCUGGCGUCCAUUGCAUUUUU